CCCUCCCUCCCUCCCUCUGCGCCUCCAGCUGUGCCAGCUGCGCCAGCGUCCAGACAGUCGCACAGGUGUCAGCGGCCCCCUCGCCCUGCAGAUACUGCAUGCCAGUGAUUUGUUGACGAGUUACCACCACAGUUUGGAACAAGUGCUGCACUCAACUGAUGAGAAAUAAAAUCUGCAGCUUUCCAUGAGAAUAUCACCUUUGCUUUUCAGCAAGCUUACAGAUCAUUUGAUUUAGUUGCACCUGGUUGUCUUGUGGCCCCAUUGCUUCUACCCCAUCUGAAGUUAACAUGUCCUUGAAAAAUGAGCCAAGGGUGAAUACCUCUGCACUGCAGAAAAUUGCUGCCGACAUGAGCAAUUUGAUAGAAAAUCUGGACACGCGGGAACUCCACUUUGAGGGAGAGGAGGUGGAAUACGAUGUGUCUCCCAGUGAUCCCAGGACUCAGGAAGGGUGUAUCCCCUUCUCUGCUAUCUAUAGCACUCAAGGAUUUAAGGAGCCUAAUAUACAGACGUAUCUCUCCGGCUGUCCAAUAAAAGCACAAGUUCUGGAGGUGGAGCGCUUCACGUCUACCACAAGGGUGCCAAGUAUCAAUCUAUACACUAUUGAGUUAACACAUGGGGAAUUUAAAUGGCAAGUCAAGAGGAAAUUCAAGCACUUUCAAGAAUUUCAUAGAGAACUGCUGAAGUACAAAGCCUUUAUCCGAAUUCCUAUUCCCACCAGAAGACACACAUUUAGAAGACAGAACGUCAAAGGGGAGGAGCCUCGAGAGAUGCCAAGUUUGCCCCGUUCCUCUGAAAACAUGAUUCGAGAAGAACAGUUCUUUGGUAGAAGGAAACAAUUGGAAGAUUAUCUGACAAAGAUAUUAAAAAUGCCUAUGUAUAGAAAUUAUCAUGCCACGACAGAAUUCCUUGAUAUAAGCCAGCUGUCUUUCAUCCGUGAUUUGGGACCAAAGGGCCUAGAAGGUAUGAUCAUGAAGAGAUCUGGGGGACACCGAAUACCAGGUUUGAAUUGCUGCGGUCAGGGAAGAGCCUGCUACCGAUGGUCAAAAAGAUGGUUAAUAGUGAAAGACUCCUUCCUACUGUAUAUGAAGCCAGACAGUGGAGCUAUUGCCUUUGUCCUGCUAGUAGAUAAAGAAUUCAGAAUCAAGGUGGGGAAGAAAGAGACAGAAACAAAAUAUGGACUUCGAAUUGAUAAUCUUUCAAGGACACUUAUUUUAAAAUGCAAUAGCUACAGACAUGCACGGUGGUGGGGAGGAGCUAUAGAAGAAUUCAUCCAGAAACAUGGCACCAACUUUCUCAAAGAUCAUCGAUUUGGGUCAUAUGCUGCUAUCCAGGACAACACUUUAGCUAAAUGGUAUGUUAAUGCCAAAGGAUAUUUUGAAGAUGUGGCGGAUGCAAUGGAAGAGGCAAAAGAAGAAAUUUUUAUCACAGAUUGGUGGUUGAGUCCAGAAAUCUUCCUGAAACGCCCAGUGGUUGAAGGAAAUCGUUGGAGGUUGGACUGCAUUCUGAAACGAAAAGCACAACAGGGUGUGCGGAUCUUCAUAAUGCUCUACAAAGAAGUGGAGCUGGCCCUGGGAAUCAACAGUGAGUACACCAAGAGGACUUUGAUGCGGCUGCACCCCAACAUAAAGGUGAUGAGGCACCCAGAUCACGUGUCCUCCAGUGUCUAUCUGUGGGCUCAUCAUGAGAAACUUGUCAUCAUCGACCAAUCAGUGGCCUUUGUGGGCGGGAUUGACCUGGCCUAUGGAAGGUGGGAUGACAAUGAGCACAGACUCACAGACGUGGGCAGCGUGAAGCGAAUCACUUCAGGACUCUCUCUUGGUUCUCUCACGGCUGCAACAACAGAGUCUAUGGAAUCUUUAAGCCUCAAAAAUAAAAACGAAUCUAAUAAGAAUGUGCCCUUCCUUAAGAAUGUUGAUGAUAUGGAUUCAAAACUGAAAGGAAUAGGAAAGCCCAGAAAGUUCUCCAAAUUUAGCCUCUACCGGCAGCUCCACAGGCACCAGCUGCACAACGUGGACAGCGUCAGCAGCAUUGACAGCGCCUCCAGUUAUCUUAAUCACUAUAGAAGUCAUCAGCAUUUAAUCCAUGGUUUAAAACCCCACUUGAAACUCUUUCGCCCUUCGUGUGGGUCUGAGCAGGGGCUCGCUGGGCCCAGCGUUGACACCGGCUCCAUCCGCAGUUUGCAGACAGGCGUGGGAGAGCUACAUGGGGAAACGAGAUUCUGGCAUGGGAAGGACUACUGCAAUUUUGUCUUCAAAGACUGGGUUCAACUUGAUAAGCCUUUUGCUGAUUUCAUUGACAGGUACUCCACUCCCCGGAUGCCCUGGCACGAUAUCGCCUCUGCAGUUCAUGGGAAGGCUGCUCGUGAUGUGGCACGUCACUUCAUCCAGCGCUGGAACUUCACAAAGAUUAUGAAAUCAAAAUAUCGGUCUCUUUCUUAUCCCUUCCUGCUUCCAAAGUCUCAAACCACAGCGCAUGAGCUGAGAUAUCAGGUCCCUGGGGCUGUCCAUGCUUGUGUGCAGUUGCUCCGCUCUGCUGCUGAUUGGUCUGCUGGCAUAAAGUACCAUGAAGAGUCCAUCCAUGCUGCUUACAUCCAUGUGAUAGAAAACAGCAAGCACUAUAUCUACAUUGAAAACCAGUUUUUCAUAAGCUGUGCUGAUGACAAAGUAGUGUUCAACAAGGUUGGCGAUGCCAUCGCCCAGCGGAUCCUGAAAGCUCACAGGGAAGGCCAGAGAUACCGAGUGUACGUCGUGAUACCUCUUCUGCCAGGGUUUGAAGGAGACAUUUCAACGGGUGGAGGAAAUGCUCUGCAGGCAAUAAUGCACUUCAACUACAGAACCAUGUGCAGAGGAGAAAAUUCCAUCCUUGGACAGUUAAAAACAGAGCUUGGUAAUCAGUGGAUAAAUUAUAUUUCAUUCUGUGGUCUUAGAACACAUGCAGAGCUCGAAGGAAACCUGGUCACUGAGCUUAUCUAUGUCCACAGCAAGUUGUUAAUUGCUGACGAUAACACAGUCAUUAUUGGCUCUGCCAACAUAAAUGACCGAAGCAUGCUGGGGAAGCGUGACAGUGAAAUGGCUGUCAUUGUGCAGGACACAGAGACAGUCCCUGCGGUAAUGGACGGAAGGGAGUACCAAGCCGGCCGGUUUGCCCGAGGACUUCGGCUUCAGUGCUUUAGGGUUGUCCUUGGCUAUCUCUCUGACCCAAGCGAGGAUAUUCAGGAUCCAGUGAGUGACAAAUUCUUCAAAGAGGUGUGGGUUUCAACAGCCGCUCGAAAUGCUACAAUUUAUGAUAAGGUGUUCCGGUGCCUUCCCAAUGAUGAAGUACAUAAUUUAAUUCAGCUGAGAGACUUUAUAAACAAGCCCAUAUUAGCCAAAGAAGAUCCCAUUCGAGCUGAGGAAGAAUUGAAAAAGAUCCGUGGGUUCUUGGUGCAGUUCCCCUUCUAUUUCUUGUCUGAAGAAAGCCUACUGCCGUCUGUUGGAACCAAAGAAGCCAUAGUGCCCAUGGAGGUUUGGACUUAAGAGGUAUACUCAUUUGCAGCCAAGGACUUCCACCCCAAAGGCUGCACUGCAUACAGUGACUUCAUGGGGACCUCACAGCCAAAGCCAGGCCCGAUGCCCUCUUGUGUGCAACACAUGGACCCUUUGGAAUGGCGGGAGGGACUGUGGUUGUACUGAUGUAAGGACGCUGAACAUCAGAAGGCUUCAUAGUUCCUCCUGCCUGUCCUCGGGAGAGGAGGCUGCUUUCUUGUGGGUAGCAUGCACUCAACAACUUAAAACACAUAAACAAAUUCCAUGAUAUAUAUCCCAAUCCUUUUCCUUUGCUAACAAGAAUUUACCUGUAACUGUGAUGAAGUUUACCAUAAAUUUGCCCUUUUCUUGCUGACCUUCCUUUAUACAGCCAGUGACUGCAGACGUGCCUCAUCUAGUAGUCCAUACAGCAUUGUUUGAGAUAUUGUUUAUUGCUAGAAGGUAUUAUGGAGCUGCUUCAAAAUUCCUCAAGGUUAUUUGGAAUGCCCCUGCCCUUCUGGUCCUGAAGUAGUAUCAUUCAGCCCAGGAUAUGGUCAUUAUUACUUUUCAGUCACUGUAGGGACAGAACAGCAGCCUGUGUCAGGCACUUCUGAUAGCAUUGACAGCAUAUCUUGACAUCACAGAGCAACAGGAAGGAAUUAAAUUCCAAUAUUGAAGGAGAGAUUUCACUUUGCUCCUGAAGACACUGCAAAGAUGUGUCCUUUUGAUAGAGCCCACCUGAUCAAAUUUGAAAAUGUGGAGAGUAUUCAAUUACACAGCAACCAGAUAAAAGAGCAACAGCCUUCAGAACCUCCAAGAUGUCAGUGGGAAUCUGAUCCAGAUAAGAAAAGAAGAUUCCUUAUAGUCCUGUAAAAAAAUUUCCUGUCAUCUUUAGCCACUGGAUUGAUUGAAAUUUGAAUUUUUCUGUUUCAUAAUUAAACCAGUAAAUGCAAUUUGUCUUUCAAGAGAAUCACAAGCUUCAUAACUCCUACCAAGUUAAUAAGCAUGAAGCUAACCUUAUUUGACAUUCAGCUCUCCCAAUAUGCUAUGUUCCUUAAGAAAAAAAUAAUUGACUAUAAAGUAUGUGCUUCUUUGCUUGCAUUAUUAAAUCCAUAUUAACAUUCCACCAGGGCACCUGAAAAAGUUAGGAUAACGUAAUACCCUUUGGUAGACCAAAGCUCUGAUUUUUCUAAGCAGAACUACUCUGACAGCCUGAAGAGCUAAGAUGGGUUCCCAAGAGGCCUGUGACCAUGGAACAUGGUAUGGGUGUGGUCAUUACAUACAUCAAUGGGUUGUUGGGACAGAACCUCCUUUGGGUUGUUCUUCAAAGUAAGCUUCCAGUGAGCUAACAGUCCAGUCAAAAAUAUUACACAGGACCACAAAGCCAGUGAUAUGUGUUAGUAGAAGAAUCACACCAAAGACAGGAUUUCACAACUGGAGAUCAUUUCCCAAGUGAGGUGGGAUUUUUGUGACCAACAGUGGAAUUAAGUAGGUUUUUAUGAAUAAAUAACUUAUUUCUUGUAGCAAAAGAUGGUAAAAGGAUUUCAUUCUAUAGCCUUUAUAAAUAAGACAUAUUACUGGAAGAAAUUAGAUUGGCAUUUGAAUUAUUGAAUGUAUGUAGAAUAUCUGAGAAAUUCUUAUAUUUGAUCUUAAAAAAUGUUUUUUAAACCUUAGAACAGUCAACAAUCUGGUGCUUGAUUUUGUGCAAGAUGUUCUCAUAAAACCAUGGAAAAUAAAGGCCCAAAAGGACCAUUUUCCUUAAUAAGCCAUUUAAUUAAAAUGUUCACCAUUUUUAGAUGAGUAAACUGAGGCUCAGACUGAAUGAAGGAGUGGCUUAAAUUCACCCAAUAGAUACAUAGUGGAACUACAUUCUGUUUUGGCCUCUCUUCACUUCAUCAGUACCCAAAAAUUAGAAUAUACAAUAAGCUUUCAGAUGGGAGAUUUUUGAGUUAUUCUGAACAUUGUAACAUUACCUAUUCUUGUGUUUAUCUCCACCUACUAGAAUGGAAGCUCCACAGGGCAGGGACUUCACUGUAUUUUGGCUCUUAGUGUGUUCCCAGAGCCUGGCACAUAGAAGAUGUCAAUCAAUGUUUGUGGAUUGAAAAAAGAAAAACGUGAGAGAGGAGAAAGCUAAUGAGAUGAAGAAAUUACUGAGUCUUGGGCAAGAAAUCACUGCUGGUUUCUAUGCAUCUACUCAAAGGCAAGAUCUGAGAAGAGGCAACAAGAUUUCCAUGGAGGGAUCAUAUGGAAAAUUCAGUGCAAUAAUUGCCUCUUUUGCAGUAGCUGUUUACAUAGUGCAGCAUUCUACAAAGAAUACAUGGAAUGUGGGCAUGAGAUGUACUGUAUGACCUAAUUACCUGUCAUUUUCUGACACCAUUACUAAUUGCUAGAAGUUCAGAAAAUUUAACAUUGCAAUGUCUAAUAAAAACUUUAAAGUGUAAAUAAUUUAAAGCCUUGAAAAGGUAUUAUGAUUCUGUUCAACAUUUCAAAUUGACUAAACUCUUUUGAAAUGCCUAUAAAUGCCAUACCUGACACCCUG